AUGGCUUUCCCUCCACAAUCUCGUGUACAUGUGAUUCCUCCAAAGAGGAGUGACAUGUUGGAUUUGAAACAUACUGCGCAUGGAUCUGCGCAUUCUCCCAGCACCUACAGGGUUCAUGACUCGCAACAGAGGGUGUGGGUCCUGACUGGAAAUUCUUUAACAGCGGUUCCUGCUAGCAACAAUGUCAAGCCUGUCAUUCUUAGCGUGAUAGCAUGUAGAGACACUGAAUUCCAAGACGAAGAGAAAGGUAAUCUUGUUUUCCUGGGAAUCAAGAACAGAAAUCUCUGCUUCUUCUGUGCUGAGAUCGAGGGCAAACCAACUUUGCAGCUUAAGGAAGUAGACAUCAUGAAUUUGUACAAAGAGGGAAAAGCACAAAAGGCCUUUCUGUUCUACCAUGGCAUAGAGGGCUCCACUUCUGUCUUUCAGUCAGUCUUCUAUCCUGGCUGGUUUAUAGCCACAUCUCCCAUAGGAAGACAGACAAUCAUCCUCACACAUCAGAGGGGUAAAUCUGAUAACACUAACUUCUACAUAGAGUCUGAGAAUUAA